UACUGUAGACACACUGACUUCUGAGCUACUUAAAACGUUAAUAUGUGAUUUUAUAUAAACUCCAGGGUUUAUGUUGGUUAAUGCACUACUACUUUUACGCCACAACAAAUUAUCACAACAACCUAGGUUUUACGGCAGCAAAAGUUCAACGGGAUUGGACGUUCUGUGCCGUAAACCGUGUUGGUUAGCGAACGCGUGGAGAGAGCUUGGUCAACGUGCAUUUAUGUUAAAUAUGGAGGCCAAAUCCAAAAAACUCUUCUCUCCUAAAGGUGGAAAGAAGCUUACACAGAGGGGAAAAGAUUCCAUAGGUCUCAACCUUGGUGGUAAACCAGGCAGUAAGCCAGCCCGGAAAAAGCCCUUCAAACCAUACAACACAGACAGGAAGAGCAGACCGGGGAAGAGUAGAGAUGAUGGCAAGAAAGGUCACCAAUUUGCUUUCUCCAAAGGUGGAAAGGGGCCAAAGAAGAGAAAAGCACCACCAGUUAAAGAUGAUGAAGACGGUGAAGGUCCAGUGGCUAAGAGGACAAAGAAAGGUGAGUUUAAGCCAAAGAAGAAGGAGCUGACAAAGGAGGAGCUGAAGAAGAACAGGCAGCAGAGAAAGAGAGACCUGAAAAAGAGCAGACAGCAGGCAGAGAGGAAGGAUAUGUUCCAGAUCAUCUGCCAGUCAAAAAAAGUUUGGGGAGACCUCAGGAGGAGAGACUGUGAUGACAACUUGAAGAAGAAACUGAUGAAGGAGCUACAUGAUCUCGUCCGUGGGAAGAUCAGACAGAUGGCGUUUGCUCAUGACUCGGUGCGAGUGCUGCAGUGCUUCAUCCAGUUUGGCAGCCAUGAGCAGAGACAAGAGGUGUUUGAUGAGCUCAAAGAUGACAUCAUCGUGUUGUGUAAGUCACAGUACGGCAGACACGUGGUGAAGAAACUGCUGAUGUACGGGAACAAGGAGCUGGUUGCGGCCGUGAUGCAAACAUUUAAGGGUCACGUGCGCCCGAUGCUUCGCCACGCCGCCGCCUCAUCCAUCAUUGAAUACGCCUACAAUGACAAAGCUGUGCUCGCACAGAGACAACUGCUCACUGAGGAGCUGUAUGGGAACAUCUUCACUAUCUGCAAGUCAUCAGUGUGCAACACCAUUGACAAAGUCGCAGAGGCAAACCCAGACAAGCUGAACAGCAUCAUCGAUGAGAUGAAGCAGAUUCUCACACCCAUGGCCCAGAAAGAACAGGUGAUCAAACACUCUUUGGUCCACAAAGUCUUCCUGGACUUCUUCCUGUUGGCACCUGACAAACAGAGAACGGAGAUGAUAGAGUCCAUCAGAGAGUCUGUGGUUUACAUGGCUCACACACACGAUGGAGCACGUGCGGCAAUGCACUGUCUGUGGCACGGGACAGCCAAGGACAGAAAAGUCAUCAUCAAAACAAUGAAGACGUACAUGGUGAAGUUUGCCAUGGGAGAGUUUGGUCACCUGGUUCUUUUGGCCAUAUUCGAUUGUGUGGAUGACACCAAGCUGGUCAAACAGGCAGUGCUCUCAGAGAUCUUGUCGUCCCUAGAUGAGGUCAUAAGUAAUAAAUAUGGCAAGAAGGUUCUGUUGUAUCUGCUGAGCCCCAGAGACCCGGCCCACCUGCUGCCAGAGAUCAUCAAGGUGCUGGAGCAAGGAGAUGGAAACACACACAGUAAAAAGGACGCAGCGGUUCGGAGGAGGGAACUGCUGGAAUUCGUCUCCCCCCCACUGCUGGAAUAUCUCCGUGACAACGCCGCCACCAUGGCCAUGGACAAGGCGACCAGCGUCACCAUUAGCGACAUCCUGGCAUCAGCCUGCGGGGACCUGCGGCCCGCCAUGACCGCUGUGGCUCAGCUGGCCAAUCAGGAGUUAGUGCCAGGAGGGACCAAGGGGCAGCUCCACAUGGCAGAGCAUCCAGCAGGACACCUGGUGCUGAAAUGGCUCAUAGAGCAGGACUUGACACUGGCAGAGGCCGGUAAAGAAGAGCGCUUUGGCAGGAUACUGGUGGACACAUUGGGAACAGAGAAGCUGAAGAGCUGGGCCAAAGUCAACAGAGGAGCCAUGGUGCUCUGCAGCCUCCUGAACAGCUGUGACAAGUCUGUGGGUGCAGAGGUGAAGGCAGCACUCCAGUCCAUCACCUCAGAGCUCAGCAGCAUCAGCAACAACAAAGGAGCUGAAAUCCUGCUGGAGAAUCUGAACAAGUAGACACUUUUUAUUUACAACCAACUGCAGAUGUCGAAGAUGACAUAAAACCCCAGCACAGGGGCUUUUCUAGGAAACACCUACCAGACUGCAGCUGUUUAAAGCUACGAUGGGAACUUGGUCAGAAAGUGGAUACAGCCUGAAGCACCGUUGUGUCAUUCCAGACACUAAUGGAAAAAUGGGUGUUUGGAGGAGGAGGAGGAGGAGAUGCUACAGUAUCUGAAGGAAGAAGUGAAAAAUAAAGAUUAUGUGUAUUAAAUCUUUUGACCAGGCAACCUUUAACCUUCACGCUCCACAGAUGAGCUGAAACUACUGUU